ACCAAUCCCUCUUACAAAAAAAAAUCAUCCAUCUCUUUUACAACACAAAAAUUCUGUUAUUCAUCAUCAUUAUUUGUAUCAUCAACUAUGGCUGAUCGUACUCAAUAUCCACAACAAGUUCAAGUUCAUCCUUCAACUCGUUAUGAAGGUGGUAUGGCCACACUUCUUCCUUCAAAAGGUCCUUCAACUAGCCAAAUUCUAGCUGUUGUUACGCUUGUUCCCGUCGGCGGGAUUCUUCUCGGACUUGCCGGGCUUACUCUUCUCGGGACUAUUGUUGGGCUUGCUGUUGCUACCCCCGUUUUCCUACUCUUUAGCCCCGUCCUCGUACCCACUGCUAUUACCGUUGCACUAGCCGUCACUGGUUUCUUAACUUCAGGUGCAUUUGGAUUAACGGGUUUAUCAUCACUAUCGUGGAUUGUGAAUUACUUUAAACAAGGGAGGACAACGAUGGAGCAGUUGGAUUACACGAAAAGGCGAAUUCAGGAGCGAGCAGCAGAAGCAGCGGCGCAAGUGGGACAAAAGACUAAGGAGGCUGGGCAAGCAAUACAGAGCAAAGCACAAGAAACGAAAGAAAGUGCUAGAACUUAAAAUCAGUUUGGGUUUUUAUAUUUUGAAUGAAAAUAAUGUUGUGUAACAUGCACUUCUGCUUUUGUAAGUGUUGUGUGCAGUGUUAGGUUUAAUUUCCUUUUGUAAUGGUUGUUUUGAUCGUCUCUGCUGUUUUGUUAUUUGUAAUUUAAUAAUAUUCCAAAUCUCUUUUUAUUGUAAUUGCAUUUUCUAUGCUCA